UACCCCUCUUCCUGCACUUCCUGCGCUCUGGGUCCCUCUCGGAUCCUGCCUCUGUUUCCCCACCCAGCUCCCCUGGAGCAAAUCCCGUGGGAGGAGGUAGGGGCGGGAGAGACGCCUUGGAAAGCACCUUCCCUCCUUCCUCGCCUCCGCACUCGGUGCGCGUGUCCUUGCAGGCCAGUGGCCGGAGGCACAGCCCGGUGGUGUCACCGUGUCAGUGGCCGCAUCCCGGGCUGGGAGCUUGCGGCAGUUCGGCUCCCCGCGGCGGCGGGGUCCUACUGGCCGCCUGGUGCUCGCGCCCGGGUCUGCGUGCCCGCACUCCGGCUCACGCCCUUUGGAGCCGCGCGCCCGGGACUGCGGCAGAGCACACAGAGUGCUCGGUUGGGCGCCGGGCGGCGGGAGGCAGCGUCCGGCCGAGUGAGCCGGAGGCAUGGGUCAGGCGGCCUGGAAGGGGUUCGCCCUGUCGCUGUUCGACUACAAGACCGCAAAGUUCGUGGUCGCCAAGAGCAAGAAGGUGGGGCUACUCUACCGGGUGCUGCAGCUCACCAUCCUGCUGUACUUGCUCAUAUGGGUGUUUCUGAUAAAGAAGAGUUAUCAGGAUAUUGAUACUUCCCUGCAGAGUGCUGUGGUCACCAAAGUCAAGGGUGUGGCCUAUACCAAUACCACUAUGCUUGGGGAACGGCUCUGGGAUGUAGCAGACUUUGUCAUCCCAUCUCAGGGGGAGAACGUUUUCUUCGUGGUCACCAACCUGAUCGUGACUCCUAACCAGCGGCAGGGCAUCUGUGCUGAGCGUGAAGGCAUCCCUGAUGGCGAGUGUUCUGAGGACACGGACUGCCAUGCCGGGGAGUCUGUUGUAGCUGGGCAUGGACUGAAAACUGGUCGUUGUCUACGGGUGGGGAACUCUACCCGGGGCACCUGUGAGAUCUUCGCUUGGUGCCCAGUGGAGACAAUGUCCAUGCCAACGGAUCCACUCCUGAAGGAUGCUGAAGGCUUCACUGUUUUCAUAAAGAACUUCAUUCGCUUCCCCAAGUUCAACUUCUCCAAAGCCAAUGUGCUAGAAACAAACAACAAAACUUUCCUGAAAACCUGUCGCUUCAGCUCCAAGAAUCUCUACUGUCCCAUCUUCCGACUGGGGUCCAUGGUGGUGUGAUAGGAAUCCACAUUGAAUGGAACUGUGACCUUGAUAAAGCUGCCCCUAAAUGUGACCCACGCUAUUAUUUCAACCGUCUGGACAACAAGCAUACAAAAUCUAUCUCCUCUGGGUACAAUUUCAGGUUUGCCAGGUAUUACCGCGACUCUAAUGGGGUAGAGUUCCGUGACCUGAUGAAAGCCUAUGGCAUCCGCUUUGAUGUGAUAGUUAAUGGCAAGGCAGGAAAAUUCAGCAUCAUCCCUACAGUCAUCAACAUAGGUUCUGGACUGGCGCUCAUGGGUGCUGGGGCUUUCUUCUGUGACCUGGUACUUAUCUACCUCAUCAGAAAGAGCGACUUUUACCGAGACAAGAAGUUUGAGAGAGUGAGGAGUCAGGAGAAGGAAGCCAAUGUUGAGCUUGAGGUCAGAGAGAUUGAGCUGGAGCAGGAGCUGCCAGGGGAGAAGCCAGCAGAAGGGGUUCAGCAGGACGAGCAGCCGCAAGAGCUGGCCCAGAGUGGCAGGAAGCAGAGUAACAGUUGCUAGCUCUUUGAGCCUGCCAGGUCCACCUUGCUUGUCUAGCACAGCCUCCUAUUGCUGAGGGAGAUCCUGUGCUUCCCAGGCCUCAGUGUGAACAUCGUCAUGCCUCUGAGCUGCAGCUAGGACAUUUCUUUCUCCUCGGCUGUGCCUGCCUGCUCACUGCCAGAGAGAGGCUGCGACUGCCAUGUACUCUGCCCCAGAAAGGCCAUGCCGGCAGGAGUUCUUGACAGCCCUCUUCUCUGCCCUCUGUGUGCACCCCUCCCUCAAGGUCUGGCCUCCUGGAGAAAUCGAUCAAGAAUGUGAAGCAGCCACAGAUCUCGCAAACAGUGAAGACUGAAGACAUAGCCGGAGCUCUUGGCAGAGAACAGAUUCAGAGAUGAUGGGGCCAGGACAGACCACAGCUCUGAACUGGAAAGAGACAUCUUGGUGCUUCUCAGGAUGGGGCUUCUGGGAAGAGGCCCCUCAACCCCACCCAGCUUGGAUGGGAUCCUGUUGCAAGUUUCUUUUUUUUGUUGUUGCGUGGAGAGGAGUCUCCUGUUGGUCUGAAGCUCAGAUGCAGAAAAGAGGCCCUGGGACAGGCCCCCAGGGAAGGGGCAGGCCAGGGGCUUCAGUGGUAGGACACUGUUUACAUGCCUGUGUCUGAACUCAGCGGGACACACAGUUAUUCAUACACGCAGUACACAUUUAUGGGUGCAUGCUGCACUUUAGUCCUGAGGGGCUUGAACGAGAUGAGAUGCUGACCUGGCCCCAGGGUUGGGGGCACACACAUAACUCUCUCCAGAGACAUCAGGCAGCCCAGACAGCCUGGCCUUCCUCCAGCCUCUAGCCAAGACUCCUGACAAGUCUCUGCAGAGAAGGUUGGUUGCUCAGAAAAAGCUGUUAGAGGACAUCCAGGGGGACAUUUAGCCCUACCCCCAGAUGUAAUUAAAAGUGGCCGUGGAGGCACCUGGAAAAGACUUAAGGGGAGAGCAAACUCCAGGGGCUCCUAGGUAGAAUUUGGGAGGGAAGGCAGGUAAGCCACUAGCCCAUUCUAGCCCCCACCCACAGUCUAGGGUAGCUCUGGGAAACCGACUUGCCCAGAUGAGAGGUAGACUUGCCUGUGUGGUUUGGAUCUUGCUGUUUGGGGGCUGGGAGAGUUGGGGGGAGCCCCUGAUUCCUGUUCUCAGAAGCUAAGCCUUGGAGCACUAAUGAGAUAAAGGAUGACUUUCCCUGAAA